GGGAGGGAAGGGGAGGGGAAGCCGGCUGUUUCCCGGGCGCGCCUCUGCUCGCCUGGCUUCGCCUUUUGCUUUGCUUUUUGCCCGGGACUUCCCUGUUGCAGCCCGCCCGCCGCCACCCCCGCAAAGAUGGCUGCGAAGGGCUUGCAUUUCCACCUGAAGCUGGACGAGGCGGAGGUGGAGAGGUCCCGGGCGGAGGGCCACUGGGAGAGGCAGCUGGCCGCCGUGGGGCAGAUGCGGGCCCGCGCCACCAGCCCCCGGCACCACAAAGGGGCCAAAGGAGGGCGGGAAGCCCCGGCGCACAAGUCCGAAGACUAUGUGAACCUACUUGUGGCGGAGGCCCUGCUGGAACUUUGCUUAAAAGAGAACGUUGCCAAAAUUAAGGACGCCAUCCCAUUAAUGGAAAAAAAUGAGCCCCAAAUGAGUGACGCCAAGAAGCACUUGACGGGCAUUCUCAGCCGAGGGAAGUUGCUGCCAAGAGAUAUGACAGAAGGCAUGUUGAUCCUGGCGAAACUUCAUUACGUUGAGGGGUCUUACAGGGAUGCUCUCAGCAUGUACGCAAGAGCCGGCCUCGAGGACCUUCCUGUGGAAAAGAAGCCGUUGUACAUGCUGCGUCUCCUGGCUGAAGCUCUUGUUAUCAAAGGCUUGGCAUUGGAACGCUCACCCAAUUCUAUUGCUUCCCGAGCCCGGCUGUCGGAAAGGGAGGAAGAAGUCAUGGCUUGCUUUGAGAAAGCAUGUGUGAUCGCUCAAGUGUUCCUCCAAGAACUUGAGAAGAGUUUCGGCAACACGCAUGCAAGAGGCGUGAAAGGUGGCCACGGGCCUCCUUUGGACUUUGAAUUGCCUUAUUUCCUGGAAGCUGCUCUGCAGAGUGCCUACGUGGCUCACUUAAAAAGAGGCAACAUCGUUAAAGGAAUACGAAAUCUCAGAGAAUUAUUGCGGACGAUGGAAACGAAGGCUACUCAGAGCUUCCGAAUGACUGCUGCCAAGCAGUUGGCAGAGCUGCUUCUCCACUCCUUGAGUGAAGAUUGUUACUGGAGCCCUUUAUCUGAUCCUCUUCCCGAGUUUAUGAACAAAGAGGAUAAUUCUUACAUCUGCACCACUCUGCGUCGGAAACUGCAGCUACACGCUGGAGAUAACAUCUACAGUCCCCACGACAACGUUGAAGAGGCUCUCCUCCUCCUCUUGAUCAGUGAAUCCAUGGCAAACCAGGACGCUGUAAUUAGCCGGGCUCCUGACCAGAAGGAUGAUCGAGCCGUCAGUCUCCGGGAUGCAUCAGCAGUUUACGACCUUCUAAGUAUCACGUUGGGCAGAAGAGGGCAGUAUGUCAUGCUUUCUGAGUGUCUGGAGCGAGCCAUGAAACUUGCUUUUGGUGAAUUUCAUCUGUGGUACCAGUUGGCCCUUUCCAUGGCAGCUUGUGGCAAGUCUGCACACGCCGUCUCGGUGCUCAGAGAAUGUGCAAAGCUGCGUCCUGCGGAUCCCACCGUCCCCCUCCUGGCUGCCAAGGUCUGCAUUGGCCGUCUGCACUGGCUGGAGGAAGCAGAGCAUUUUGCCAAGAUGGUGACUGACCUCGGAGAAGAAGCUGGGGAGUUCCUAGCCAAGGGCUAUUUGGCCUUGGGCCUGACAUACAGCCUUCAAGCCACUGAUGCUACCUUGAAAAGCACCCAAGAUGACUUGCACCGGAAAGCACUCAAGAUGCUAGAAAGAGCGCACGACUUGGCACCUGAAGACCACCAAAUUAUCCUCUAUGUCUCACUGCAGUUGGCACUAGUGCGGCAGAUUUGUGAUGCAAUAGAACACCUCCAAGAUGCACUGAAACUAUGCAAGGAUGACAUGAAUUCUCUCCAUCUGCUGGCACUCCUUUUUUCAGCCCAAAAACACUAUCAGCAUGCCUUAGAUGUCGUCAACAUGGCCCUUGCAGAAUAUCCAGACUCUUUUAGUUUACUCUUCACCAAAGUCAAGCUGGAAUUGGUGCAUAAAGGACCAGAAGAAGCCUUAGUGACCUGUAGACAUAUGUUGCACCAGUGGCAAACAUUGUAUAAUGUUUCACAACACAGUGAGGAGGACAGCGAAGAGCACCAGCAGACGUACCACACUGGCAGCAGGAAAGGAGGAAUGAAUGAAGAUUCAGAGAAAGCAAGCAGCCUGACGGAGACACUGCCAACCAAGAAGCAUAACAGCAUGUAUCUCACUCUCCCAGAUGCCCAUGAUACAGACUCUGGUUCCCAACGAGCCUCUUCCAUCGCAGCUUCCCGACUGGAACAAGCCAUGUCUGAAGUAACCAUGCACAGUUCUGCCUUGAAGCAAGGGCCUUUGCAGCUGUGGACUACUCUUGAACAGAUUUGGUUGCAGGCUGCUGAACUCUUUAUGGACCAACAGCAUCUCAAAGAAGCAAGCUUCUGUAUCCAGGAGGCAGCCAGUCUCUUUCCCACCUCUCACGCUGUGCUGUACAUGCGGGGGAGGCUUGCAGAGAGGAACAGCAGCUUGGAGGAAGCAAAGCAGUUGUACAGUGAAGCCCUAACAGUGAAUCCAAGCGGAGUGGAAAUCAUGAACUCCUUGGGGCUGGUCUUGAAGAGGCUUGGGCGGAAAGACUUGGCUCAGAAGGUUUUGCAGGAUGCAGUCCAGGUACAGAGCAUCAGCCACCAAGCAUGGAACAGCCUUGGAGAAGUCCUUCAUGCUCAGGGAAAGAAUGAUGCUGCUGUUGAGUGCUUUCUAACUGCACUGGAUCUUGAAGCCAGCAGCCCUGUCAUCCCAUUUACAGUUAUUCCCAGGGAGCUGUGAUGAUAAUUUUAACAUCACACAUAUGCAUUCUGUGGAUGUAGUUCCAAUAAAAUCAGUGUACAGUGCAAUAAAUAUGCAGUCAGCGCUCCACAUUUGUGGGUUUGACUUUGGCAAAUUUGAUUAUUCAUGAAUUUGAUUAUAAUGUUGUCUCUAGGAAUUUCUAUGUCCUCCAGUACAACUUUAGGUCCUUCAGAAUGGUUGCAUUCAAAGGGCCGUUUGUAAUUUUAAGACUAUAAAUGUUGCCCUGGCACUGAAAGCCUUGCGGACCUCAGAAAAUGUCUAGAGAGGCGUUCUCUCAGGUUUUAAAAAUAGUGUUGUUUUAUUUUGCUGCUUUUCCAUUUUCAUUGGGGUCCUAAACCCCUAUUCCCAGUGAUUGUGGAGGUCUGACUGUAUAGAUACAAUUCAUUUGUUACCCAAAAUACAGAAGUCUUUGUUAAAUGAAGCUUCAAUUUCAGGGAUAUUCCAUUUUGCUGGCACGCAGACUUCAAGAGGGAUUGCCACCAGGAAAAUGCAAUUCUUUCUUUUUAUCUAGCUGCUGGGGAUGCUGCAAUUUGCAGUGGUGUCUGCAACCUGUUUUUACAGUGUGACUCUGAACAUAAGUGACCAGAAAUGAAUGGCAGUCUAAGAAAGAUUCUUGUCCGUUUUUGCUGUCUGACAUUUGUUGCACUUAUUUGGUGGUGAGUGUAGGGACAUUAUCUACAACCUGACAAAUCAAAGGAUGCACAUGUUUGGUAAGUUUUCUAUGGAUGGUGAGAUUAUGAAUUUUUUUUAAAAAAAACAUUGCUAAUUAUUUCUGCAUUUCAUGACUUUUUUUUCUAAAAUCCAUCUGUAAGAAAAAAACAACACUGCUUUUUGUGCACAAAAUUGUAUCUUCUCCACACACUAAACCUCAUUGUUUUCUGUACACACAAACCAAGGAUUUUGAUCAAAAUACAUUGUGCACAACUGAAUUUGGAAUGUGAAGAGUCCUAUGACUCUUGAUCAUUUUCUAGCCCUGAUAUUUUGCUAUGUUGAGCUAACCUCUUCUAUCAAAGAUGAUAAUAUUUUCAAGUACAGGUUGAGCAUCUCUUAUCUGGAAUUUCAGUCUGAUAUACUCUAAAAUUUGCUUUCUAAUGUGCCCAAACUUUGUUUCAUGCACAAAAUUGUUAAAAAUAUUAUACUUCAAAUUAUCAUAUUGAGACUUAGGUCCCAUGUCUCGGAUAUUCCAUUCAUAGAAUCAUAAAGUCGUAGAGUUGCAACCGACCAUCCAGUCCAACUCCCUGCCCUGGGUGCAUAAUCAAAGCACCUCCAACAGGCAUAUAUGUAAAAACAGAUAUUCCAAAAUACUUCAGAUCCCAUGUAUUUCAGAUAAGGUAUACUCAGCCUGUAUUCUUUAGUCACAAUAAUUGGUUGAAAGAGUUGAAUUAAAGCUUGGUGUGUUUUAGAUUUCAGAAGCCUAGCUUGUAAUGCUGUACACAUUUUUGGCACCUACAGAAUCUUAUUUUGGAGGGAAUAGUUGGGUGCGAAUAAAGAUGAUAUCAACAAUAA